AUGGAUUCCGACUUGACCGAUGAGCAAGUCGAGGAGCUCAAGCAAGCCUUCGACAUUUUUGACAAGGAUGGCAGUGGCACUAUCACUACCGACGAGCUGCGCAAUGUAUUGACCUCACUAGGGCAAACCCCAUCUGAGGAAGACCUGGAAGAAUUUCUUCAACAGAUGGGUGGUGAUAAUGGGAUUGUUCGCUUUGAUCAAUACUUGAUCUUCAUGGAAAAAUUAAUGUACCCUAAUGGUGCGGUUGAAUGA